CUUUGAAUUCUUGUCGCCAGAGACUGACUGUCAGUCUAGGCGUCUCCCUCUUUCUCUCCCUACCGCCAUCUAGUCCAGGCCUAGAUCCAUCCUCUCCUCAUAACCCCCUCCGAGACCUUGUCUCACUAGGUCCACCACCACGUCGGCUCCCUACAGCCUGUCCUGUCUUCUUUCUCCCUCUUGAGCCUGUCGGGUGGCUUUUCGUUUCGAGUCCCUAGGCCCCAGACACGAUCCCGUGGAGUCUCUUUGCUUCCGCCACCUACAGCCUUCUCGGAGCACACACGACCACUUACCGACGAGUGCCUGGCCUGGGCCUCAGCUCAGCUCCCACUACCGCCGCUACUACUCCCCACUGCUACGCUACGCUACUCUACCGACUCCAUCUCAGCUUCAUGCCUCGCACAAGCUCUUGACCAGUCUGUCCUUGUCUUCUUCCGACCGCUAUAGGCGCCUCGUCCGCUCCAACCACGUUCUCUACCGACCUUGACUCUCGCUCAUUUCGUCCCCCACACGCUCCUUCGCUUCGCCUCCAUCCAACCGCACCGCACCGCUGCUUCACCCAGCCUUGACCACAUAUUCCCAUCGCGACAUCGACAGCUAUUCACCCUGGACGACUCAACGAUCACCGCGGCCACGGCCACCAUCCCCGACCUCACCCCUCCCCCUCCCGACGCUCCCGUCAUCGCCGUCGACACCAUGGAGACCGAGGUUCCUCCCCCACACGAAGUCCCCGACGACACUCUAGGCGGUAUCGAGGGCUCUCCGCAUGUCGCCUCCAGCAGUAACGGCUUCCGUCAUCAACAGAGCACAUCCCUUGACCAGGGCCUCGCCAAUAGUCCCAAACCAGAGGAGGAUCCUUCGGCCAGAUACACCCCUCCUGUUCAACCGGCGCCUCCAAUCUCCCGACCAGCUAGCGGCCUAUCCAACCCCGCACACCAGGCCUACAAUGACUAUCGGCAAGGCGCAGGCGAACCUUCAUCCAACGGCCGUAACCAUGUCGUGAUCAAGGUUGGCAUGGUGGGCGAUGCCCAGAUCGGCAAGACGUCGCUCAUGGUCAAGUACGUCGAGGGCAGCUGGGACGAGGAUUACAUUCAGACUCUGGGCGUCAACUUUAUGGAAAAGACGAUUUCCAUCCGCAAUACAGAAAUCACCUUUUCCAUCUGGGACUUGGGCGGUCAAAGAGAAUUCGUCAACAUGCUGCCGCUAGUGUGCAACGACGCCGUCGCCAUACUCUUCAUGUUUGACCUCACACGCAAGAGCACCUUGAAUAGCAUCAAGGAGUGGUAUCGCCAGGGACGGGGUUUCAACAAGACGGCCAUUCCUAUCCUUGUGGGUACCAAGUACGAUCAUUUCGUCAACUUUCCCCCUCAAGAUCAAGAAGAGAUCUCAAAUCAGAUCUUCAAGAUCGUACUAUCCAAGGCAUUCGACCUCAAGUGCACAAUCCCCGAAAUCGAAAACGUCGGCGAGCCCCUAUUGUUAUAUCAGUCUGUGUGA